AAUCUUAUUGUUGAGCAGAUCAAGCCCGACGAAGAUGAGGAGUGAGAUUUUGGUUUGAUUUGCAGCAUAGAAUCUGCGAACUGUAAUCUGUGUUCUAUUAGAAUCAUCCAAGUCUUAGGCAACAAUAUGUCGUUCUUCCAAUUUCUUGCAUCUUACUUUUGUGCUUUUCUGGUUUGUUGCUUCUGCCACCACCUCCCCGAUGCAGCCGUUUCUAUCUCCUAUUCACCUUUGCAGAAUUCGCUUCGAGAUCAUGGCUUCGCACAAAGUCUUGGAUUCAAAAAUUACCCUCCUUCGUCCUUCCUUCUACAGCAACGCCUCGAAACAAGAGUCAAGAUGUCAGCACACAACUAACCCUCGCAUUAAUUCGGCGCACAAACACCUUCUCCAGGUCAAGCUCCACAGUGUUAUACGCCACAAUUCCAAGCUCCUCAAUUCCAAGCUCCAGCUCCUGGGGCUCCAGUUCCCCAGAAUCCCCACGCGGCACGCCCCUCAAGGCGCUGGAGGUCCUGUGGCUGCUGUGGCUGCACCAGAGCCGCCUGUAGGUGGCCAUGGCCACUGGGAUGCGUUUGGAUGGCGCCUUCCAAAUCUACGUCCUCUACUAGCUAGCAAUUUGUCUCCUGAUGGACAUGAAGCCCCGAACCCCGGCUUCCUGGCCCAGUUCCACUGCAGAGUCAAGCCCAGUAGGGAAACGCUGCAUUCCCCGGCGCUGCUCCGAGUGUUGGGUAUGAACAUUGGUUCAAUUGGAGCCGGAGCUUCGGUUCAGAUUUAUUAUUGUUCAAAUCAUGCCCAAGUUUCCGAGCAACGUCAGAACCCAAGUUGAGCUUGGCCGUGGCUGCAUAGUCAGGUAGAUUCUUCUCUCACAGCAUAGUUUAGUCGAGUUUGGAUCAUUCGCUGAUCUUUGC